CUGCUGCAGAACCCCCUCCCUGCCCUGUAAGUUGAAGAGAAGGCAGUGCUCUGGAGAGUGCUGGAGAUGCCAGAAUUAGAGUGCAACUGAGCCCAGCAUGAGAGCAGCAGCCACUUCUAUUGUUUGCCCUUAACCUGCACUGCCUUCUCCUCCUCCUCCUCCCACCUCAUUACACUCCUUCCUCUGCACAUUUACCUUUUUUUUCUCCAUUUUUGAUCUUUUCUUUUUCCCUAUUGGAGAUCCUGUCCAUCUUCUGGAGUCUGGGAUGGCUGACAACAAGAAGCAAUGUAACCGGGAGAAUGAUGGGGAAGAAGUGCCAGCUUUCUUCAAGAACCUGGGAUCAGGGAGUCCCAAGCCCAGGCAGAAAUUCUGUGGCAUGUUCUGCCCGGUGGAAGGAUCUUCUGAGAACAAGACUAUAGAUUUUGGCUCUUUGCCGGCUGGAAGAGGGUCUGGUAAAGUCAUUGUUCAGCAAAGAGAUGUGACACCUUCAGAUUUGGGGAGGAAAGUGGAGAUCAAGUGUUCCUCUGGCAAAGAAGCCCUGCAGAACCUCAAUGAUAAGAGCGAUCGGCUACUCAUUAAAGGUGGAAAAAUCGUUAACGAUGACCAGUCAUUUCAUGCUGACAUUUACAUGGAGGAUGGAUUGAUCAAGCAGAUCGGUGAAAAUCUGAUUGUGCCGGGAGGAGUGAAGACCAUCGAAGCUCAUGGCAGGAUGGUGGUUCCGGGCGGAAUUGACGUCCAUACUUGCUUCCAAAAACCGUGCAACGGCAUGGUGUCUUCUGAUGAUUUCCUCCAGGGAACCAAGGCAGCACUGGCAGGGGGCACCACUAUGAUCAUUGAUCACGUUGUGCCCGAACCUGGCUCCAGCCUGCUCAGCGCCUUUGAUCAGUGGCGGGAAUGGGCAGAUGCCAAAUCGUGCUGUGACUACUCCUUGCAUGUAGAUAUCACUGAAUGGCACAAGGGUGUUCAAGAGGAGAUGGAGGCUCUUGUAAAGGAUCAUGGAGUGAACUCCUUCCUGGUUUACAUGGCCUAUAAGGACCAAUACCAGCUCACCGACUCACAGAUUUACGAGGUAUUCAGUGUGAUCCGUGACAUUGGUGCCAUUGCAGAGGUCCAUGCGGAAAAUGGGGAUGUUAUUGCAGAGGAGCAACUUAGGAUUCUGGAACAAGGAAUCACUGGCCCAGAAGGACAUGUUUUGAGCCGACCAGAAGAAGUGGAAGCAGAGGCUGUGAAUCGUUCUAUCACCAUCUCCAACCAGACCAACUGCCCCUUGUAUGUCACCAAGGUGAUGAGCAAGAGUUCUGCUGAGGUCAUCGCUCAGGCCAGGAAGAAAGGUGCGGUGGUUUACGGAGAACCAAUCACAGCCAGUCUGGGAACAGAUGGUUCACACUAUUGGAGCAAAAACUGGGCGAAAGCUGCAGCGUUUGUUACCUCUCCACCUCUCAGCCCAGAUCCCAGCACCCCAGAUUUUCUAAACUCUUUGCUGUCCUGUGGUGACCUGCAGGUGUGCGGCAGUGCACACUGCACCUUUAACACAGCUCAGAAAGCUGUUGGAAAAGACAAUUUUGUGCUAAUCCCAGAGGGAACGAAUGGAGCUGAAGAAAGGAUGAGCAUUGUGUGGGACCGAGCUGUGGUGACUGGAAAGAUGGAUGAAAACCAGUUUGUGGCUGUCACCAGUACAAAUGCUGCAAAGAUCUUCAACCUGUAUCCGCGCAAAGGACGCAUUGCUGUGGGAUCCGAUGCUGACCUGGUGAUCUGGGACCCAGACAACUUGAGGACAAUCUCAGCCAAGACGCACAAUAGUAACGUGGAGUAUAAUAUCUUUGAAGGCAUGGAGUGCCGCGGGAGUCCCCUGGUUGUAAUCAGCCAAGGAAAGAUUGUACUCGAGGAGGGAACCCUCCAUGCUACUGAGGGAUCAGGGCGAUACAUUCCAAGGAAACCAUUCCCAGACUACGUGUACAAGAGGAUCAAGGCCAGGAGCAGGCUUGCUGAGCUACGAGGAGUCCCCCGUGGCCUGUAUGAUGGUCCUGUCUGUGAAGUUUCCGUUACCCCCAAAGCUGUAACGCCAGCAUCUUCUGCCAAGACAUCGCCAGCCAAACAGCCAGCACAACCCAUACGGAACCUGCACCAAUCUGGAUUCAGCCUGUCAGGGGCCCAGGUUGAUGACAACAUCCCUCGUCGCACUACUCAACGUAUCGUUGCUCCCCCCGGGGGCCGUGCCAACAUCACCAGCCUCGGCUAAUCCCAGACUAAUUUAACACUGCCCCCCAGCCUCUCCUUUCUUUGAAUCAUUCCGAAGGGUUACCAGUUCUCCACAUUUUCUAUAGCUAUGGGGAUGACUACUUUGCAACAGACUUCACAAGAGGAAUAAACACCACUUUCUAGUGUUUAUAGUAUAAGUGUGCCUGUUACUAUGUGCUCAUGGUAAAACCCACACUUAUACAUUCAGAGCAGUACAUACAAAGGGUAUUUUGUGUGUAUCGUUUGCUGUGUGUGUGUGAUAUAUGUAAGUAUACAUCACACACACGCAAUCUGAAUUUCACUGCGCUGAACUGAAGACCCCCCCCCAUGGUCUAUAUUUCCCAGUGCCCCUUCUCUCCGUUCAUUAUUGCCAACCCCUCCCCCUCUCUGUCUGGAUCCCCUGGCACCCCUUUUGCCCAACAGAGCAAUGUUGAUGAGUCUAGCACCAGAGUGGAAGACCGGAUUAGGUACUGCUCACUUAAACUGGAUAAAGCAGAUUGUGAUUAGGAUAUUAGGGCUAGGAAUCGGAAUGGAUGGAUUAGGAUUUAGUAAUGAAUUAAAGACGUGAAAGAAAAGGCAUCACAAUGGUUCCCAGAGAAAGACACAGACAUUUAGGAGUAGGCACCGUGCAUUGGGCAUUGUCCAGCUGUCUCCAGGUCAUUCAGUGGCUGUGACCGUAACACGCUAGCGGAGCAUCUCGCAUCGGUUGGAAAUGGCAAUGACAACACCACAGACCUGCCCUGAAGACAGGUGGGACUAUGACAUUAUACAACUGGCCAUUCCUAUAACAAUCAGUCCCUCGCUUCUACUUGUAGAAUUGUCUAACUGUCCGCGAGACAACUUCAGCCUGAGCACUUGUCCUGCCACAUUGUGCCCUAUUUUCUAACUGUCAUCGUCUGUGGGUUGACAUCUUUACCAGUGGUUGCAGAGCUUUUUCUGCAGGUCAUGCUGCCUUCAAGGGGAAGUUGACCUUAAAUGUAACUUUUAAUAUGAACUAGAAAGCGUAAUUUUAAGACGCUCAAAACUGAUAUACUCUGAUAUACUCUCCCGUUGCUUUGUAUACUGUGAGCGGUAGUACAGCAGCAGCUGAAUGCCCACACUUAGCUCAUGUCUGGUUCAUAAGGUACUAAAUGUAAUGGUAAAGUUUCCCUUGAACUGGGGAAUGAUUGACCAAGGCUAAGAAACACCGUUCCAUGUGCAGGUGAGAACAGUAUGGCUGGCGGCUCCAAACAUUGCAGUUUACUGAGGUGAAGGAUUUGGAGAGGGGAUCCGGGUGCUGACGUCACAAGGUAGAUGUUCCAUGCAAUCUGUUUUUAACCCAUUGUGGGAUUUGUGGUUGUGUUCCUGAGUGCAGGAGAUGUUGUGCUGAUGCUAAUAAAUGUAUCUAGAAAGAAAAUGUGCUCUCUCUGAUGUCCUACAGCGGAAGUCUGGUGUCUUUUCCCUGUAAACACGUUGUGUUCUGAUUUCUUUUCACAGGAUCCACUAAUAAACUAUUGUGCUUUCAA